AAGAGAUUCCUAGAUCUUUAAAGCCUAUAGAAGAAAGAAGAAAAAAUCCAACUCUACCUUGAAAAAGAAUGGACGCAAUUGACUCAGUUUUUGAUCCGCUAAGAGAGUUCGCGAAGGACAGUGUUCGUCUCGUCAAGAGAUGCCACAAACCCGAUCGUAAAGAAUUUACGAAGGUGGCUUUACGUACAGCGAUCGGAUUCGUGGUUAUGGGGUUCGUUGGGUUUUUCGUCAAGCUCAUCUUUAUCCCUAUUAACAACAUUAUUGUUGGAUCUAGUUAGUUGUGCCUGUAGCUUGAACAAUGGGUGAGCCUGAACCUGGACUGAGCAGAGGGACUACUGUUGCAGUCAUGGAACUUAGUUGCCCGACAUGUGGUUCCCUUCUACCACUCCUUGCUAACUCGGUUUCCCUGGUUUGAGGAAGGACCGGAACUAAGACUGAUUUCUCUUUCGAAGAACCUGGUACGACUCCUGUCCAAUGCUUCCUUGAGAGGAAAGGCAACAGAAGACCCUUGGCAGCAAACUUCAAUCCAAGCUUAAAAGAAGUCUUUUGUGGCUUAGACAGAUUCAGAAGGAACUUUAUCAGUGCAUACCAUUCAUUUACAAGUUGAGAAACAAAGGAAAGGAAAAGGAGAGCCAGCAUUAGGUAUCCCAAUGCUUGUUCCCUAUUCGAAUUCGAUUUAUUCAUACUGAUGGAGAGACCAAAGAUGCCAGCCUCACUCAACAGUGAAAUACUUUCCACAAUGUAAACUCCCCUCCUUAUGUGUGGCUUGAGAAUAAAUAAAUAUAUGAACUGCACCAGUGUGACCAUUAAUGCCCAAAGGCUUUGGCUUGAUUUGUGUGUUGAGUAGGAUCCAGCAAUCACUCCCAAGCAGACUCUUCUUAAAAGAUCAAGAACGAUAUAGGAGGAUCUAGCACAACCUAAGACCCUCGUCGGCAAUGGGAUUUUCGUUUCUUCAUGGCUGUCAUCUGAGUUUACUGCUCUCAUUCUUCCGAUCCCAUUUUGACCACUCCCAACCCACCUAGGCAUAGUAUUUGUGUCAUUCUGGUCAACAAAAACAUAUAUUGGAGGACCCUUGUGAUCCUCAAAUAGAAUGCCAAAGAAAGAAAGAAACGAUGAAGGCAGUCCAUCCAUAUAAAACCAUUUUCCAUAAGCAGGUCUUCCCACAAUAGAGAACCACAAUUUCUUAUGCCAGUGCUCUUCUGCAGUGCCAUAUCUGAUUUCUUUGUACUGAGCAAGGCUGCCUGUGAAGACUGCUAUUAUAAGAAAAAGGCAUACUGAUAAAAUGAAGGCCGCAGGGAUAGCUAACAACAAAGCUCCAGUGAUGAUCCCUUCAAUUGUACGACCUAUCAAUCAUAUGUCUUUAGAUUUCACUAUCAAUAAUAUAUUCAAAACCAGAUGCCAUAUAAGUAUAAUUUCUCACCUCUUAUUACAAAUGCAGCAGACUGAGAUACACAAGGCAGUGCGAGAAUUAAAAGGAGGAGCUCGAAUCUCGGAACCGAAAUCAUCCAUCGAGCUGCAGCACCUAUCCUCCAUCUUAAGAAAACUAACAGUGCAAAGUGAAGCAUUAGCAAGCUGCCAACUCCUGUGCUAAGCCAGAACAAGUUCAUCUCCAUGUCCUGCCACCUGAUAAAUAAACUACUUCAGCAUCUUAAAAUUACGCAUCUUUCGAAACAAAAUUAGGAAGUUAAAAUUCUUUAUCUGACCCUUUAUAAUUCUGCAAUUUUUUUACAACAUUGCCAGCAGAUAAUGGCUCUCCUCUC